AUUUCAUUCAUUCAUAUGUAUAGCCAAGGGUCUGGUGGAAGUGCGAGUGUGGUUCAGGCAUUCCGCAGGAAUCCGCAGGAAGGGAAAUGGGUGAAGCAGAGAAGAGCAGAAGAAGAAGAGAGAGAUGGUCUCUUCAUGGGAUGUCUGCUCUGGUCACUGGAGGCACCAAGGGAAUUGGUGCCCAAAAUCUUUCUGCAGAUAUGCUAUUGUAGAAGAAUUAGCUGGACUAGGAGCAUCAAUAUAUACUUGUGCUCGCACUGAAGUCGAUCUCAACAAAUGCUUAGAUGAGUGGAAACGGAGGGGAUUCAAUGUACAUGGUUCCGUUUGUGAUUUGUCAUCCCGUCCCAAUCGGGAGAAUUUGAUGGAAGCAGUUUCUGCACAUUUUAAUGGGAAGCUGAAUAUCCUUGUGAAUAAUGUUGGGACAAACUUUCGCAAACCAACGGUUGAGUAUACAGCCAAUGACUUCUCAUUUUUAGUGUCAACCAACUUAGAGUCUGCUUACCACAUGUGCCAACUCUCACAUCGUCUCCUCAAAGCAUCAGAAGCAGGAAGCAUUGUCUUCAUCUCCUCUGUUGCUGCAGUGGUUGCUGUCAAUGUUGGUAGCAUAUAUCCAGCAACUAAAGCUGCAAUGAAUCAAAUAACAAAGAACCUAGCUUGCGAGUGGGCAAAGGAUAAUAUUCGGACCAACAGUGUGACACCAUGGUUUAUAAAUACGCCGUUUGUGGAAGAUGUAAUCGAGAAUGAGGAGAUUUUAGGGUCAAUCAUUGAACGAACUCCUAUGCGGCGGAUAGGGAAGCCUGAAGAAGUUGCAUCUCUUGUUGCAUUCCUUUGCAUGCCAGCUGCAUCUUAUAUCACAGGGCAAGUCAUUUGUGUUGAUGGUGCACUAACUGUAAAUGGCUGGUAUCCAUGAGAUGGACAAUUCAUUCUAGUACUUUUACUGGUACUCUCUCUCUGUCUGUGAAAUGAUUUAGGUUCCAAGGGAUAACUGGAAAUGUUUUUAGUUCUGUAGUAAGGUUGGGGGCGUUUAUGUCGGUUUCCAAAUAAUUGAGGGAGUAAACGGGCCUCUCUAGUGAGUAGCUGGAGUAGAACCAACACUUCCUAAAACUAUUCAGCAGCAGACAGCGGUGAAAGUUGUUUUGCUUUUGAUUCAGUGAUCCAUAAAACAGGGCCAUGUGUAUUGGUCCAAUUAUGUAUGCCUAUGGGUUUUUCUCUAUGAAGUGAACUAAGUUUAAAGAUUUUCAUAUUUCA